GAAAAAAAUGUGUGGUAUUUGACAGUGUUGUCUCUGCCUACUCACGAAUGGACAGACGAGAGAGAAGAAGGAUGCAGUCGUGUCGUUCUGGAAACGAAGAAUGAAGAUGAAACUCCAAUUAAGAAUUUGGCAGCUGGUCAUCAUGUGGAUGUGUUUCAAACAAGCACUGCAAGAUGCAUCUGCAGGUAAAAGUCCAACUCGCUCGACAGUUGUUGAUCCAAACCUGAUGUUCGAGUUUUUGCUGGGCGGUGUAGAACUCAACCAGGACAGCAAUAUUGUCCUGCUUGAUGAGGAGAUGGCAUCAAUGAGGCCUGGGCGGGCCUUCCUCUCUCGGGUCAAUAACAACAUUCCUCGAAGUUUGAGUUCCAUGCAGCAGAUGGUGGACGUGCUGAAGAGUCGGAGGAAGGAGCCGAUGACUCAGGAUCUGUUUGAGAGUCUCGUCUUGAGCAUGGUGCGCUCGGCAUAUCAGACCGGGAACCAGCGACGACCCAAGGACCGGGAGGCCUGGGGCGAAAUGCUCCUGCAGCUCGCAAAUCUCACAGUGCAUGAGCUGCGUGGAAGUUAUCUCCUCAGUUAUAUGUAAAACUAUAAGUGAUGUGCACAUGUGCAGCAAUAAACAAUUCAUAUUGAUGCAACAAA